UGCUUUAGCCGGACGUAGCUGGCAGUGCACGUUCACUUACUAGCUGUAUUCCGUGCUCUUAGACACUUAGGCAUUAUUAUACUUAUUGACAUAAGUAGUCUGACAUGUUCAAUUUUCCAAAGCGCGGAAUGGCGACAGGCAGAGCUGCCUGUUGAGACGUUGUUCGAAAAUUUUGCGUCAUCACAGAAACUCCGCCCAUGGAACCUUUCGCUCAUCCCUUUUUUUUCUUUUUUUUUAAACAUUAUUCUUGGCGGAGGUUUUAAUCACUGUGGUUGUUUUUUCGAUUUUGUAAAAUACGUUAAAUUAGGCGUGUGCGUCAUUUAACACAUCACGCAAAUCGGCACUGAACGACUCAGAAGUCAGCCGCAUCUUGCGUGCUAUGCUGUAGCAAAGCUGGCUCUGUUUUGCUCACAACGAUGGCCAUUUGUGUGGAGGAGGUGUCCGCGUCCCUUGUGCGGGAAUAUCUGAGCAGAAAGGGACUCAAGAGGACCAUUGCCUGCAUGGAUGAAGAGCAUCCGCGCACACAGUCCAGCAUCAACAACAGAUCCCACUUGAGACAAGUACUGCACAUUGAGGAUCUGUACAGGGCAAACAAGGUUCGUAGUUCACCUCUGAGAACUUUGCUGGAAAUUAUUGUCAAGUACCACAUUGAAGUUCACAAUGAUGACAAGAUGGCCUGUAGAAGCGAUGAAACUGAUUCUCUGCAGUCUGCUUUUGUAAUCAGCUCACUUGAUCUCUCUCCUACAAAAACACCAUCACAAAAGAAUGAAAGUAACUUAGAACACAGCACAAUAUCCUUUGAUUCUGGUGACCGCAUCAAAUUAAGAUCACAGGACAAGGAAGUAUCCACCUCUCAAAUGGCAGUAUUUUCACUUGAUGGAGAGAGACUCAUGGGCCACAGUGAAACCAAGUCGUGGUUAUGUGGAUCGGCAGAUGAAAACGGACAAUCUAAUACGACGUCUAUGCAUGACAACAGUUGCUUUACUAUGAAUGAACCUGAAAAAAAGCCUCCCGUCAAUGAACUAAUUCAAAGGAGACAACUCAAUCGGGUCAGACGUGGCAUGAUGGCUGGACCGAUAACCAGCACUAUUCAGGAGUCAACCAAACAAAGGCAGAGUCGUAAAGUGGGUGUGCCUCAGCUGCUGUUCAGGAACGAAGAGGAGGAGCUUAGGCAGUCUCGGAAUGAACUGCCUGGGAACAGUUUACAACAAAAAGUUUUAGAAAAAUCCUCAAGUAGUGCUACAGAAACACCGAAGAACUUGGAGAAAGACAGGCAAGAUAGAAAUAACAGAAGAAUAGUUAUGUCCAAGACACAACCAAGUAUGAUAUUGUCCGAGAUGGUGUUAGAUGACAUUGACGAUGAGCUGCCAGAAAUACCUAAAAUGUCCUUCGAGAACACAGCAACUGCACGGAGCAGCCACACCCCACGCCCAAUAGACCGACACACAGCCUCGGAAUUGAAAUUAGUUCUCCUUGGCUCAAGUCUCAAAUGUUUCACUCCCGAAUGGAUAAAUCAGGGUUUCACAUUCUCUGAAAUGCAUGACCUGAGAUAUGGAAUGGUGCAGAAAAAGGCUGGUCCUUGUGGUGUUCUAGCUUCCAUCCAAGCUUUUAUUUUAAAGAAACUUCUGUUUGAAAGCAAAACCAGUUGUAAUGCACGACUUCAGCAUUUAAGACCAUCAAAUGCAACUCGAAGAAAAUGUCUGGUCUUAGCUAUGGCUGAAGUGUUGUGGAGGGCUGGUGAGGAAAAGCAAGCCACUGUAGCAAUAAACACGGGACGGACACUUUUCACUUCCAGCAGACACUACAAAUCCGAAGGUGUCCUUGAAAAGAUCAGCUGUUUUACAGUGGACAGUAUUACAGACCUGCAGUUGUUACUGGAACAACAUAUUGAGCAGUUUGAAACAGGGGAGCUGGGAUGUCUGUUGCUGACCAUAUCUGCCGUCUUGUCUCGUUCAGUUGAUAAAACUAGAGAGGAUAUGGACGAAGUUACCACCACACUUAUUGGAGCUCAUGGCUACUGUACUCAGGAGCUUGUCAACCUGUUGCUGGUGGGACAAGCAGUUUCUAACGUGUUUGACGGCAACAUGGAGCUGGACUCUGGCAACACUAGCUCUACACUGCUUAAGGGAAUCAAAGCACACUGUAACAUUGGCCUUCUGUCUCUGUUCGAACAUUACAAUGUCUUUAAGGUUGGAGACUAUCUCAAGAACCCCCUUUUCCCCAUCUGGGUUGUGUGCAGUGAAAGCCACUUCAGUGUCCUGUUUGGCCUCCAGGGGGAGCUGAUAACAAAUCCAGACAAAGGUCUGGAGUUUGACCUCUACUACUAUGAUGGACUGGCCAAUCAGCAGGAAGAGAUCCGGCUUACUAUCUCUGUCAGCAAAUCAUCGGUCAGUUGUCAGAAUGUGGACGGGGAUUUAAUUCCUCCUUUGGAACUCUGUAUUCGAACAAGGUGGAAAGAUGCACUUGUGAGAUGGAAUGACACAGAGCCCAUUCUCUGAAUGCAUGGGGAGUUUUACAUAUUUUCUUCUAAGAUGAACAGAUAUCAUUGCAUCUUUCUCUAAUUUUUCCCGCAGUAGGCUUUAUUACUGAGACAUAGUGUUUCCUGUAGUUUUCCCUUUCCCCGAUGUCAUGGAUAUAAUUCAUUAUAUGAGGAAUACAUAACUCAUAAAUACUUGAAUGCCAUGGUUUGAUGAGAACACCCAAAACAAACUUUUUAUUUUAUCAUCAUUAAGGGGAUACAAAUGCAUAUUCAUAAAAAAAAUUAUUUAUAAAAGAGUAUAACAUUAAAAAUAUCAACACUUAUUAACCUGUUGCAUCACAAGGAGGCUUAUAUCAAAGAAAUAUUUUUUUUCCCUCAUCAUGUAAUGUUAAUGUAAAAAGAUACUGUGCAUUUGUAUUAGGGUUGUGAAAUUGUGGAGAUUGUAUCAAAUGUUACUCUGACACAAAAAUGUACUUUACUUUGUUCCAUUUAUAUUAAGUCAUUUAGCAGCUUUUAAAUGUUUUCUUUACCUCAGAGGCCUUUUAACUAGUUCUUAUUCUGUUUAUAUUUUACUGUAAGAUAACUGAGAAGAAAAAAAAAUGUUUUCAAGUCUUAAUGUACAUUAAACUGACUGACUAAUUUACUCAGCAAGAGAGCAAGAUACAUUAUAAAUUCUGGAAGUGUUGUACUGUGA